UUUUUUUUGCUGUGAUCUUCUUCCUCUCUUUACACUCUUUUGGGUUUAUCAUAUUCUAAGGAAAUUAGUAUAGCUGAGAAAGCUUGUGAUAAAGGUUCAUGAAAAUUUUCUUAUGCAAAAGUUUGUGUUUUUUUAGGGUAAAAGGGGACCAAAGCUUUUUAUAUGUACUAGCAAGGUCCUUAAGGAAAGAGACUCUUCUGUUACAUAAUAGAUUUUGAUAUUGGCUUUCCAUUAUGGUUUAAUACUUCAGGACCAAAUUGUACCAAAAAAACAUUUGAGGACCAAAGCCAGCAUUUAAGAUGUAGAAUAGUUUCCUUCCUUUGUUAGAUUUGAGCUUUAAAAAAGAUGCUUUUUGAGGUUUAGCUUGAUUGGUUUCUGGCAUUUAUGAUAUGGAGGUUUGGUUGUUGGACUUUUAUUUUUGUUAACUAAAAAUGAAACGUGUGCCAAAAUCUGUGUUUUGUUGGAAGUUCAAAUAUGUGAUUCAUUUGUUGAGGUUGUUGUUAAUGUGGGGACUCAUUCAAUGGCCGACUCCUGACAUUGCUGUGAUAAAUGUGAAUUAUUGGAAUCUGAUGGUUUCCCAUGUUGAAAGUGAAGUUUAGGUAGUGCAUGUUUGGAUUGGAGGGUGGGUGGCAUCAUCAUUGAUUUUGUUGAAGUUUUAAAGUGUAGCUUUUGCUAAAAUUUAUGGUGACACACCGUGAUUUUGUCAAACUCACGUAAAAACAUGUACUCAUCAUAAAUUUGCAGAUUACUGUGAGCAUAUGUAUAUGAAUUUGUGAGGACUUGUCAUGGAGUGGAACGUGAAAUCUCCCGGGCAAUGGGACUGGGAAAACUUAUUCUUCUUGAAUUCAAAAGCAGCAGAAACUCACAGGUUACAAUCUACUGAUUGGAGUAUGGAGGAAGAUCGAGAAAUCAAUGUUGGGAUGUUGAUUCCAUCUGGUGGUAGCGGCUAUUCAGUGUCUAAACUAAUGCAUGCUUCAUCCUCGAGGAGCUCAAAAUCUGCUUCCAAUAAUUCAUCAUCAAAUGAGGACAGCAAGACAUCGAUGUUAACUCAAGAAGGUUCUCCAGACAAUUCCACCGGUAAGAAAGAAUCGUCUAAAGGAGAUCCAAUUGAAACUUCUCCAGCAGCAGAACCAUUGCUCACACUAAAGCUUGGUAAAAGAUUAUACUUUGAGGAUGUUAGCACUGGAAGUCAUUCCAAGAAAGCCUCUUCCUCUGCAGUUCCUCUUUUGUGCGGAAAGAAAGGUAAAUCGAGCAGUCAGAACAUGCUAAAUCCAAGCUGCCAGGUGGAAGGUUGUGGCCUCGACCUCUCUUUUGCUAAAGAUUACCAUCGGAAACAUAGAAUUUGUGACAGUCAUUCCAAAUCGCCUGUGGUGGUAGUAGCUGGUUUGGAGCGUCGAUUUUGCCAGCAAUGUAGCAGGUUCCAUGAUCUCUCAGAGUUUGAUGAUAAAAAAAGAAGCUGCAGACGCCGUCUUUCAGAUCACAAUGCAAGGCGUCGCAAACCUCAGCCUGAAGCAGUGAAAUUGAAUCCAUCAGCUCUCUCUUCGUCUCCCUAUGAUGGGAGGCAAGCAAUGGGCCCAUUUGCUUUUCCAAAGAAUACUUCAAAUUUAGCAUGGCCAGACAUGCCCAACAGCAAGCUCCCCCAAACCAAAGAUUUUAUGCUCAAAACUCCAAAAAACUUCAACAAGAUUGUCACUAUGCUUUCUGAUGAUUCAAGUGGCCACUUUAUAUCCAAAGGCAAAGGAACCAAUAUUGCUGUCCCAGGUCUAGAAGAUCCAAAUACCUUGUCUGAUCCAAGUGCUACACAAGAUGUUAACCGUGCUCUCUCUCUUCUGUCAACCAAUUCAUGGGGUGCAUAUGAUACCAAGCCCCCCUCCUUCGUACACUCCAAUCGGACAACCGGCACCCCUCAGUAUGCAACUGCUCAGCGCUCACCUUUUUCGUCACCGGAAUAUUGGCACACUGAUCAACAUCAGGCCAGCUCCAGUGCCUGUAUCUCGUUCUCGGGUUACGACAAUAGCAAUCGCUAUCAAGACUUUCAGCUGUUCAGCGAACCCUAUGAGUCAAGUUUCCCUUGCAACCAGCUGGAUUAAUGAGUAUGCUUAUGAUCUUCAAAAAAACAAAAUGAGUAUGCUUAUUCAAAUGGUCCCAACCCCAUUAUGAUACUGAGCUAAUGAUAUUUUGUAGGGCCUAAUUAUCUUUUGGAAUGUAGGUUUUUUUCUUCUUUAAGAGUACAAAUCAGAAAACUUGUCUGCAUGCUGAUUUGUUAACUCCAUUUUCUAAAUAGCUUAUUGCAGUCAUUUAAUCCCGAGACUUUUAUUUUCAGCAAACCAUGGAUGUCUUCCACAAGGAUUUCUUUUUAUACUUGUACUUGCUACCUUGCUAAUUUAUUCA